AUGACCUCCAACGAGCCACUUGUACAGUCCCUACUCCAGCGGCUACGUAUCCUCGAAGACAAGGAUGCACUCUGGACAUUGAUGAACCGUUACUGCAACGUUGUCGAUAAUCGCGACUUCAAGGCAUUCGCCAACAUGUACACCGAAGAUGGAGUCAUGGAAUUCGAAGAGUGGGGCCAGAUCAAGGGUCGCGAGCAGAUCGAGAAAAUUACCUCGGUCGAGGGCGCCUUCCAAGGUCUUCAGCACAACUUAACCAACUUGCAGUUUGAGGUUGAUGGUUCGGAUGAGGCAACUGGAUCCGCUUAUCUGUCUUUCUAUGCUACGCCGGAUCUCUCGAAGCCCGAGGUCAACUAUGCUUUCGGUGGUCCCUAUAAAUUCUCCUUCCGCAGAACUGCUGCUGGGUGGAAGGUCGCGCGCCACAAUCUGCGCAAGAACUGGUCUCAGGGUGUUGAUACCACUGGUCACUUUACCGCUAAAUAA